CAGCUCACAGCCAGAAUGGUCAUCGUCAGCUGGAUUGCAUUCGGAUUUUAUCUUCAGCUCCUUUUCUGCUUGGCUGUGUCUCCAACCUCUUUUGUCGACAGUGUUUUCUCCAUUUCAGCAGCCCUCCCUUGUCUGGACCAGAAGAAACGGAUCAAUAAUAACGGAGGAUGCUCUUUUCUCGCUCUUGCUCUUCCUCCUCCUCCUCCCCCUCCGCCACCGCCACCAUUAUUUCUUCCACCACACUUCAUGCAAGGAUGGGAUUCUAUGUUUUCUCUGGAUCUGAAAAACUUGUGUCAAGAGCUUCAGAUAACACAGCCUCCAUGUGUAGAAUCGGUGUGUCCUCCAGGACCUCCUGGUCCCCAGGGCCCACAAGGUAUUCCUGGUGUGAAAGGACCAAAGGGAGUAAAAGGUGAGAUUGGAAGACCAGGAAGAAAGGGCAGUCGAGGUCCUCCAGGGGUCCCUGGGAUGCCAGGAUCUAUUGGAUGGCCUGGUCCAAUGGGACUGAAGGGUGAAAAGGGCGAUUUAGGCUUGAUGGGAUGGCCAGGCACAAGAGGACCAAUGGGCUUCAAGGGUAACCCAGGAGGUGGAGGAGAAAAGGGAGCUCAAGGACAGAAAGGAGUCAAAGGCAGCAAAGGUGAUAAGGGAUACAUAGGUUUCCCUGGAAUGUUGGGGCAAAAGGGAGAAAUGGGUCCAAAGGGAGAACCAGGUGCAACAGGACACAGAGGACCGACUGGACGGCCAGGGAAACGAGGCAAACAAGGACAAAAAGGAGAUAUAGGACCCCCUGGAAGUACAGGCCCACCAGGUAGGCCUGGUUCUCCUGGAGCAUCGGAUCCACCAGGACAGUUAGUAUCAGGGCAAAUAAUGGGGCCAAAAGGGGAAAGAGGGCUCCCAGGACCUCCAGGGAAAUGUCUCUGCAACUCUCAACAAAAUGUGAAUGGCCCACCAUAUGAGGAACCACUGCUUGGAGAGGCCUAUUCCAAAGUACCUGCAAUUUUUGUAGUGAAUAAUCAGGAAGACCUGGACAGAUUAAACACAGAAAAUGCUCUAGCAUUUCGAAGAGAUCAGCGAUCUUUAUAUUUUAAAGAUACUUCUGGAUGGUUUCCAAUCCAGCUAAAGCCUUCCUAUCCACUGGAUCAUCUGAUAGGAGAUAGUAACAUCUGUGGAGAUGGCGUCAUCCAAGAUGGAGAAGAAUGUGAUGAUGGCAAUACCAUUGUGACUGAUGAUUGUAUAAGAUGCCACCAUGCUUAUUGUGGGGAUGGCUAUCGGCGUGAAGGUGCAGAAGAAUGUGAUGGGAAUGAUUUUGGAUACUUAACAUGCAAAACGUAUCUUCCUGGGUCUUAUGGAAAAUUACGCUGCACUUCUUAUUGUUACAUUGACUCUACUGAUUGUCGCUAUUUUACAUGAAAGAUGGGCAGUGAGAGAGGACGAUCCCAUCUAUGAUAUGCAUGCAUCAGGUGCUACAUUAUCAUCAAACCAAGACUGGGCAAUAGAGAAACAACCAACGAUGAAACAACCAUUGUCAUGUUGCCAUGGUGAUUGGAGAUAAGUGUUAAUUGCCUACUCACACUGAAAGAAAAUCGGACCAUUCUGUCCCGUCUUAAUAGAAAACGUUCAGUGAUAGUAACGCUCAAGACUUGCCUUUUCCAUGACUGAGUACGGGAAUCUUCCUGUGCAUCAAGAACAAAACCAAACCAAAGGAACACUGUAUUUGACUUCAUACUGUUAGGUUAUUAAAAUACAAUAAUACCUCAAUUUAGCACUGUUAGUUCUAUAAAUAAGCUCUUCAGGUUUUCUUAACAAGACUUUUCCAGGAUAAACACAAAGCAUAUUCUG